GCCCCAGGAUCUGACGUGGGCUCCGACACCUUUCCCAGCUUCUCUGUCCUGCAGCUUCAGCUCCCGAGCUUCCCCCCACCCCCGGCAUCUCCCUCCCCCAAGACCCUACAACCCUCUUUUCUCUUUUCCCAAAGGACCCUCUUAGAGCCCUUUAGAGAACCCUCCCAACCUUUCAUUCUUUCCACCUCCCACCCCAAGCUGUAAUUCCAGCCUCCACCCUGUACCCCAACAAGCUGGGAUCUCAGAGAGGCCGAAAACGAGCUUCAGGGAAAGAGUGGAACCCAGGCGUCCCCAGAUCUUUCAUAAAGCCUGGUCUGAUUUAGCACUCCCCACCGCGCCCCACCCCCUGAAGCCGCAGCCGCGCCCCCUUUUCCUCUCCCCUCCCCCCUCCACAUCCACAGGAACAGAGAGGACAGAGGUGUCCGGGCAAGAGAGAGGACCUGGGCAUUCAAGCAGGCAAGAAAGCCAGGAAUCUUCGGUUUCCAGCUCCUUCCCCGUUCAUCUUCACACACACACCCACCUAAGUCUCUUUGCCUCCUGUCGAACACUGGAUUUUUUUUUCCUUAAAAGGAAGCAGUAGUAGACGGGAGCGGAAUAGGCAAGAAGAGGAGCAAGAAGACUAGCUCUUCAACCCUUAGGAGGAGAGGGAUUGGGGUGCGGGACAGGGAUUUGGGGAUCAGGUCACCAUGGGGACCCCCAGAACCGGGCUCCUGUCCCCGCCGCUGCUGCUGCUGCUGUUCAGCUGCCCCUGGACUUGCGGUGUGCCCCUAAAAGAGGAGGAGACCCUGGCUGGGGGAAGCAGUGAGUCUCCCACAAUUUCACCAGCUGCACUAGCUGACCUGAUACAUGGAGCCCUACUAAGGAGGGGGCCAGAGAUGGGGGACAUCCCUGGAUCCCUUCUGGUCCCCACAAUAGCUGCUGAUCCAGAAGACCAGACCCUUGCCCCACCUUCCCCACCUUGGGCCACAGAACCAGGGACAGGACCCCUGACAACAGCUGUGACUCCCAAGGGAGCAAGGGGGGCUGGGCCUACUGCACCUGAGCUACUGACCCCACCUCCUGGAACCACAGCCCCACCCCCACCAGGUCCUGCCUCUCCAGGCCCACCUCUUGGGUCUGAGGGAGGGGAGGAAGAGACCACAACCACCCUCAUUACCACAACUACAGUCACUACAGUCACAAGUCCAGUUUUAUGUAACAACAACGUCUCAGAGGGUGAAGGUUAUGUGGAAUCACCAGAGUUUGGGCGUUCAGCUGCUCCCACUCUUGGGCCCCUUGACUGCACAUACAGCAUCUCUGUCUAUCCUGGCUAUGGCAUUGAAAUUCAGGUUCAGUCUCUCAACUUGUCCAGAGAAGAGGGACUGCUUGUAUUGGCAGUGGGUGGUGCACCAGCCCCAACACCCCAGCUCCUGGCCAAUGCCUCCCUACUAGGGGAGGGUCAAGUCCUUCGAAGCCCAACUAAUAGGCUGCUCCUGCAUUUCCGGAGCCCUCGGACUCCUCGAGGUGGUGGCUUCAGGAUCCGCUACCAGGCCUACCUCCUGAGCUGUGGCUUCCCACCCCGACCACCCCACGGAGAUGUGAGUGUGACAGACCUGCAUCCCGGAGGCAUUGCAACCUUCCACUGUGACUCAGGCUACCAGUUGCAAGGGGAAGAGACCCUUGUCUGCCUGAAUGCUACUCGACCAGCCUGGAGUGGGGAGCCUCCUACCUGCCUUGCUGCCUGUGGAGGCUCCAUCCACAAUGCUACUCUAGGCCGGAUUGUCUCCCCUGAACCGGGAGGGGCUGUAGGGCCCAACCUAACCUGCCGAUGGGUCAUUGAGGCAGCUGAAGGACGGAGACUGCACCUGCACUUUGAAAGAGUCUCACUGGAUGAGGACAAUGAUAGACUGGUGGUCCGAUCUGGGGGUGGUCCCCUUUCCCCACUGAUCUAUGACUCAGACAUGGAUGAUGUCCCAGAGAGAGGCCUGAUCAGCGAUGCCCAAUCCCUCUACGUGGAACUGCUUUCUGAAACGCCAGCCAACCCCUUGCUACUAAGUCUCCGAUAUGAGGCCUUUGAGGAGGAUCGAUGCUUUGCUCCAUUCCUGGCUCAUGGCAAUGUCACUUCCACCGAUCCCCAGUUCCGUCCUGGAGCAUUGGCUACAUUUUCCUGCCUCCCAGGAUAUGCCCUGGAACCUCCUGGGCCCCCCAGUGCCAUUGAAUGUAUUGACCCCUCUGAUCCCCACUGGAAUGACACUGAGCCAGCCUGCAAAGCUAUGUGUGGGGGAGAGCUGUCCGAAUCUGCUGGUGUGGUCCUUUCUCCAGACUGGCCCCAGAGUUACAGCCCUGGGCAGGACUGUAUAUGGGGCCUUCACGUCCAGGAAGAAAAACGGAUCUUGCUCCAGGUUGAAAUCCUGAAUGUUAGAGGAGGGGACAUGUUGACCCUGUUCGAUGGAGAUAGUCCCAGUGCCCGGGUCCUAGCCCAGCUUCGAGGGCCCCAGCCUCGUCGCCGACUUCUCUCCUCUGGCCCGGACCUCACCUUGCAGUUCCAGGCACCAGCUGGACCCCCUAACCCUGGUCUGGGUCAGGGCUUCGUGUUACAUUUCAAAGAGGUUCCUCGGAAUGAUACAUGCCCAGAAUUGCCCCCGCCAGAGUGGGGCUGGAGGACAGCAUCCCAUGGUGACUUGAUCAGGGGUACUGUGCUUACUUAUCAAUGUGAACCCGGCUAUGAAUUACUUGGCUCUGACAUCCUCACCUGUCAAUGGGACCUGUCUUGGAGUGCUGCACCCCCAGCCUGCCAGAAAAUCAUGACCUGUGCAGACCCUGGAGAGAUUAGUAAUGGGCACCGGACAGCUUCUGAUGCUGGCUUCCCCAUUGGCUCUCACAUUCAGUACCGAUGUCUGCCUGGCUAUAGUCUCGAGGGGGCAGCUGUCCUCACCUGCUACAAUCGGGACACAGGCACCCCCAAGUGGAGCGACCGUGUCCCCAAGUGUGUCCUGAAGUAUGAGCCAUGCCUGAACCCAGGUGUCCCUGAGAAUGGCUACCAGACACUUUACAAACAUCACUACCAGGCUGGGGAGUCUCUCCGAUUCUUUUGCUAUGAGGGCUUUGAGCUUAUUGGCGAGGUCACCAUCACCUGCCUCCCAGGACACCCCUCUCAGUGGACCAGCCAGCCCCCACUUUGCAAAGUGGCCUAUGAGGAGCUACUGGACGACAGAAAACUGGAAGUUACCCAGACCACAGACCCUUCUCGACAAAUGGAAGGUGGAAAUCUAGCCCUGGCCAUCCUUCUGCCUCUAGGCCUUGUCAUCUUACUCAUUGGAGGUGUUUAUCUCUACUACACCAAGCUACAAGGAAAAUCUCUAUUUGGCUUUUCUGGAUCUCACUCCUAUAGCCCUAUCACUGUAGAGUCUGAUUUUAGCAACCCACUCUAUGAAGCUGGGGUGAGUAGCAACCUUGCCCCAGUCCUGCUCCCUGGGUUUUGCCCACAUGAGCCCCCUUAAAUCCCAGGCCAAACCCCACUAGAGAGCCUGGUUUUUCAAGAGGUUCUAUCCCCAUAGUCUUCCUGCCUAUCCCUCCCCCCAUUUCUCAUUUCCCAGCCUUCCUGUGGCUUAGUAGCCAUCAAGAAAUCUCAACCCUCUAUCCUGAUUCUCCUUAGAGCAAUGGUACCACACUGAAGUACUCUAUCCCUUAAGAACCUUCCAGGAAUUGGGGCAGUGGGGGUGGGCAUGGUUGUCAGUGAGAUAGCACAGCAGUUGAACAGUGGCUAGAGUGCUAGGCCUGGAGUCAAGAAGACCUGGGUUCAAAGCUGGUCUCAGACACUUCCUGGCUGUAUGACCCUGGCCAAGUCACUUAAACCCUAUUGUCUAGCCCUUGCUGCUUUUCUUAGAAUUGAUACAAAGACAGAAGGUAGGGAUUUAAAAAACAAACAAAAAAACCUCCUUCAGCCACCAGAUUGUGAAUAUCAUCUCCCUUACCCUAACCCCCACCCCCAACAAGCUGACAAAUGAUAUGUAUCUCUACCCCCAGGAUACAAGAGAGUAUGAAGUCUCCAUCUAAACACCAAUGGAGGGAGCAGGACCUUUGGGUGUCCCUUCCUGACCUCCUCCCCCCAGACCAAUCUGGGAAGGGGGAGGGAGGAAAUAUAGGGAACUGGACCCUCCACUUCCAGCUCUUGACACCUCAUGCUUCCCCCUUUCCUUCCUUGUAAAUAUUCUAAGACCCCACUAGGGACAAUAAACACCCUGGAGAUCCUCUGGUAUCUAAACCAGCAUCCUGCCUCCCAAGUCAUUCUUUUUCUCUGUUGCCAAAUGCAGGGGAUCCUUCCUUCUGCCUCCUGUAUCCAUCAUCUGGCUCCCAGGCCCUAAAUACAGGGCUAUUCCUUGGAAGCUCAGCACUGUGGCCAAUUGUAAGGGGAGAGGGCUGAUAUCCCUUAGCCCAAGUCAUGACCCACUUGCCCCACGGGCCCCAGGGUCAAUCUCAGAGGGCUUGAUACCAUUUUCCCUGCCCUCUGGUUGUUUUCAUUGCUUGCCAGUUCCCUGGCCACACAAGUUCCUGUCCCACCAGCACUGUCCAUUCUUGGCCUUCCCUUUUGCUCUACCCCUGUCCACUGCUCCCUCAGGCCAGGAGUUCCAGUCAGUCCCUUUCUGCCCAAAAGCCCUAGUCCUUCUAGGCAGAGUAAGAGUAGGGAAGGCUAGGGAGAUGACCCCCUAUCCCCUGCAGUCCCUCCCUCCAGGUUUCCCUAACUCUACCCUUUAUUCCUUCUGGCUUCUGGAUUUUUGUUUUCAAGCAAUAAACAGAAAAUCACCAUUUGUAA